AUGUCAUCCUCUGGGCUAGGAAACUUUGGCAAACUCCCGCCCGAGAUCCGCUUCAUGAUAUGGUCCGACUUCGUCCCCUCGGGCCAUGAAAGAUCCAAAACGGACCUCUCUAUUCUGCGUGCUAGCAAACAACUCCACGCAGAGGUUCUAUCGUAUUUACACGAGACCAUCUCAACACUGGCAAUAGUCGUUCGCGCUGAAUUCGAUGAAUUGCAUCAAUUAGUGGAUUCGUCGACCCAUCUCUCCUUCGAGAUUUGGAGUGGAGGUGCUCUAUUGCGCCGGAACGGCGAUGAUGGUGAUGAUGUAGAAAGUGAGAUGGAAAGAUUGGCGAGAGCAUCCAGGUGGAAGUUUUCAAGUGCACGGGAUGCGUUGGAGAGGGGGUUUGAGUUUCUGCCGUUGGAUAAAUUGUCGGCGAUCAUGUGUAUUGAUGCGCCGGAUCCGGAUGAUGAGGGCCAGUUGAUUUGUUUGUGUUUGAGGAUGAGGCAAGUUGCGCUGCUUUUGAAGAGUUUGAGGAAGCCGAUUUCUCAUGUUGGGGUACGGCUUGGUGAGCCGAGGGCGUGGAGGAGGAAGAAGGGGGAGAGGGUGGAGGAGGAAGAGGAAGAAAGUGAGGAUAGUGAUGAUGAUAAUGAUGAUGACGAUGACGAUGACGAUAGUGAUGAUGAUGACGACAAUGGAGAAGAAGAUGAUUCUGAAGGAGGAGAGGAAGAGAUGGAUGAGGAAGAAGAUGAGCAACAGGAAGGAGUGGUAGAGGAACAGAUGGAGGAAGACACAGACGAAAAGGAAGACGAAGAAGCAAAACUCCAAUUCAGCCUCGAGGACAUGUUCCUACCAGAUCUAGCAUUCAUCCAAACCGACAUCCAAGCAGUCCUCUUCCCAUUAUACAGCCUCGAGAACGUCGAUCUCUUCCUCUUCAACACCGCCGACGCACCACUACUAUUCCCAACCGUGUCACCUGACGCUUUUGACUGUGUUCCGGCCAUCAUACUGGGGUGGAAUGAUAUGUAUCAUUACUGGCUUCAUACGCGACUUGAUUGCGCCGAGGGUGAUACCGCGUUCACAGUUCGUUUGGAUCGGUUUGCGAUGUGGCAGGAAGAAAAGUACGACGACUUGUUCUUGGAAAUGCUGAAGAGAUACCCUAUCCAACUUGAUGUAUUGGACGAGAAUGGUCUCGAUGGUGUCAGAAGAAGAUACGUCUACGCCCACACGCUCAGAUAUUUCAUAUCUCGAAGGACAUUGGAGGAUCUCCCCAGGGACAUUGACCUUCGCACAAUUGCUCCAAAUAUUCCUCCUCGGCACUGGGUAAACAUCUUUCCCGGUGGUUUGCUCCCGUUAGAGAUUGAUGAAUUCAGUCCGUAUGCUGGCCACGACUUCUGGUUUGAAUUUGAAGAUUAUGCGUCUGAUUGGCAUUCGCGCCAGAUGAGUCUACAAUUUCGACAAGAGGAGCAAGAAGAUCCUUCUGCUAAUCUGCCGGGGAUGGAUGCGUUUGCGAAAGCGGUUUCGGAUGCGCAGAAUGAAGUAGAACUGUUGAUGGAUGAUGACCCAUUCACUGUGGAGAGAACGAUAGAGAAGUUUGGUAUCAGGCGGAGUGACUGGUGAGAUUCAUGUCAUCAGAGAG